UCAUCAAUCCAUAAUCUGCCACAUUUAUUUUAUUUGCAUUUUGACCCCUAAUUUUUACCAUUUUACCAUUUUCACCACCACCCACUUCAAAAAGACAAAAACCAGCCUCGCCUCGUUCCCUUUCAAGUUUCGUAUUCUCCUUUCACGCGCCACCGCAGUUUCCACCUUCACACCGAACCAUCUCUCUAUCUUUUCAUACUACCUUUUCCUUUUCUACCCCGGGCUCCGAUUCCGGGGUGUGGUCCCCAUUUUCGGGUUUGAAAACUUUUUUUCUUCUUCUUUUGCUGCUUCGAGUCGUUGUCGUUAUGGGCGAUCUUCAUGUAAACGGUGUCGUUUUCGGGGAGGAUCGCCCUUACUCCUCGUCACCGCCUUCUCCGCCGCUUCCCGUUUUGAAUCUCGAUCCUUCGUUUGUUACGGCUGAGGGUUGGUCGGCGGCUGAGGAAACCACGGCUGAGAUUCUCCGCCGGAUUCAACCUAAUCUCGCUGCUGACCGGAGGAGGAGAGAUGUUGUUGACUAUGUUCAGAGACUAAUCCGUUUCGGUGCUCGCUGCGAGGUCUUUCCAUAUGGGUCAGUUCCAUUAAAAACAUAUCUUCCGGAUGGAGAUAUUGAUCUGACAGCACUUAGUUGUCAAAACAUUGAGGAUGGCUUGGUAUCUGAUGUUCAUUCUGUUCUUCGAGGAGAGGAAAACAAUGAAGCUGCUGAAUAUGAAGUAAAGGAUGUUCGAUUCAUUGAUGCAGAGGUUAAGCUUGUAAAAUGUCUUGUACAGAAUAUUGUUGUAGACAUCUCUUUCAAUCAGUUAGGAGGACUCAGUACACUAUGUUUUCUUGAGAAGGUUGACCGUCUUGUAGCCAAGGAUCAUAUCUUCAAACGUAGUAUUAUCCUGAUAAAAGCUUGGUGCUACUAUGAGAGUCGUAUUCUUGGUGCCCACCACGGGCUGAUCUCUACAUAUGCUUUGGAAACACUGGUUCUGUAUAUUUUCCAUCGAUUUCAUGUGACCUUAGAUGGUCCUCUCGCAGUUCUCUACAGAUUUUUGGACUACUUCAGCAAAUUUGAUUGGGACAAUUAUUGUGUAAGUUUGAAGGGACCAGUUGGCAAAUCUUCUUUGACAGAUGUAGUAGCUGAGGCACAGGAAAAUGGGGGGAAUACUCUGCUAACCGAAGAAUUCAUUAGAAGUUGUGUGGAAUCAUUCUCGGUACCUCCAAGGGGACUCGAUCUAAAUUUGCGUGCAUUUCCCCAUAAACAUCUUAACAUCAUUGAUCCAUUGAAGGAAAACAACAACCUCGGUCGUAGUGUCAAUAAAGGUAAUUUCUUUCGAAUACGCAGUGCAUUUAAGUAUGGGGCCCGUAAACUUGGCUGGAUUCUUACGUUACCAGAAGAUAGAAUAGCAGAUGAGCUUAAUAGGUUCUUUGCGAAUACUUUGGAUAGGCAUGGAAGCAAUCAAGGCAAUGAAGACAAUUCAUUUUUGUGUUUAUCUGCUGGAUUGAAAGAUACAAUAACUGGAAAUUCACAUAAUUAUGAAAUUAGAAAUGAAAGAGAAAGAUAUGUAGUAAAAGAUGUCCCUUCUUUGGUACGGCCAUCAUUUGACUCCUCUGGUGAUGGAAGUGCAGUUGCAACUUACAAACUUAGUGAAGAUUCUAAAGAUGUUGAAACAUCCGGAAUCUUGGGUAUUGCAAACAGUAAUGGUUUGUCAUAUUGUUCAAAUGGGAAAGCUGAAAAUAGGACUUGUAGCAAAACAGAUGUAAAUUCUGUUUUUGAUGAUGAGAAAGAGAAGCAUGGUAUGGUAAGCAAUUCUCCCAGAUCACAUACUGUUGAAAAGAAUAUGGCAUCUAAUGGUUCAACAGUUUUAAGAGAUGCUGCUAAUAUUCUUGAAAAUGAUUUCUUUCAUACUGAUAGAUACAAUACUAGUGUUUCUGGGGGAACUGAAGCUUCAAAAUCAUUGUUGGACCUUGCUGGGGAUUAUGACAGUCACAUUGCAAACCUACAAUAUGGCCAGAUGUGCAAUGGUUAUCCUGUCUCUCCCGUUGUGGUCCCUAGUCCUCCUAGGUCUCCCAAGUUUCAUAAUAGGAAUCCUUGGGAAACUGUUCGUCAAUGUUUACAGAUGAACCAUGGCGUUCAUCCUCAGACAAACACGAAUUGUGUUGUGGGACAACUUUACCUCGUCAACCAUCCUACUCUACCAGUGACCUCUUUUGUCGCAGAAGAAAAGAGAAAGCCACGAGGAACAGGCGCAUACUUCCCUAAUAUGAAUUCUCGCCCAUUCAGGGAUAAUAGGCCAAUGCUGGGCAGGGGAAGGGGUCAAGCCCCGGGUACCCAUGGGCAUUUACAGAGAUACACUCAUAACAAUGGGUUCGCUCUAGCUUCACAUGAGUUGAAUUUGUCUGUGGAAGGAAAUUUUGAACCUGCUCUUGAAGGAUAUCCUGCUCUUAGUAAUGGUAGAGCCAGAUCUUCAGAAACCUAUUCCUCUCAAUCUCCCACAUGGGGAGCACGCAAUGCUAAUGGUUUCCCUCACCCGUCUGAAAAACAUGAGUCUGGUUCUGAGAGCCCUCAGCUUCGUGGAUCCCCAAGAACUGAAGCGAGCAAUCACCCAGACCCAUGCAUUUCUACUUCAAGGGUAUCUGUGCCUAACACAGGGAUAGUGACAGAGGAGAGCUCUAAUUCAUUGCCUGUAGCGGAUCCCAAAAGGAUUGAAGUGCAAGUAUAUCAUUUGAAGAAUGAAGAUGACUUCCCUCCACUUUCCAACUGAGUGCCAGUGAUGGAUGGGGAUUAUGUAAUAGCACUAACAAUAAUGGUCAAUACAUGGAAAAUAAUAUGACUUGCCUACCUUUCAGCUGGUGCAACCAAAGGAUGGCGAUUUUGUAAGAAUUAAGAAGUAAGAUGAAUGUGCAUUCGUCUCAAAAUGAAGAUAGCAUCCAUCAACUCUGGGUUUCUUCUAGAGAUUGAUGAACGAUAGAAAUGAGAGUACCAAAUAAGUAGAAAAAUAUUGGUAGUAGCCAUAGAUGCUAACAAACUAGAUUAAAUUAGGCUGAGUUGUGUGUUAUCCUUAUUUCGGUGUUUCUUUCUCAUGUUGGUAUUUGUACAAAGUGCAUGUAUAUUCUGGUAACUUUUUCCCUCUCCUACAUGCGAUUUUAUUGUUCAAUAUUUAGGGAUGUAUAUAUCAGGUGAUUUCCUGAAGUUGAGUUUAUACUUCUGCUCUGUAGCUUUGAAGUGUAAAAUAGAAAUGUUUUAGAUCUGUUACUGGAAUGGAUACCCAUAAGUUUGUGACA